GUAGUAGCACAAAAGUAGCCGGCAAGCCGCAUCCCGCUUCGCAACAGAGGUUUGAUUACAGUCAGAAGAGACUCAGAAAGUUUUAGAGAGAGUUCUGGAAAGCAACGCUCCUCAGCCGUCCGGGGAGCGACCUGCGAACUGAUCUUAGUCCUGGUCUGAGGGAGGGAGGCGGGUUACCAUUGUCAAGUUGCAAAGGUGCGUCCAGACUCCAGACGUUACUCCUGAAAAUUACAAUGGCUGACCGAUUCGACUGUGAUAACUGCAAAGAAUCUCUGUAUGGGCGCAAAUACAUCCAAUCAGACGACAGUCCUUACUGCAUCCCCUGUUAUGACAACCUGUUCUCAAACACAUGCGAUGAAUGCAAAGAGCUGAUUGGCCAUGAUGCAAGGGAGCUGUUCUAUGAAGACAGGCAUUACCAUGAGCACUGCUUCCGCUGUUUUCGCUGCGAUCGCUCUCUGGCAGAUGAGCCCUUCACCAGCCAGGAUGAUGCACUGCUCUGCAAUGACUGCUACUGUAAUGAAUUCUCCUCCAAAUGUGUAGCCUGUGACAAGAUUGUUAUGCCAGGAACCAGAAAGUUGGAGUAUGCGGGGUCUACAUGGCACGAGGGCUGCUUCAUAUGUCACAGCUGUGAACAGCCAAUUGGCUCGAAGUCCUUUAUUCCUGACAAGGAUGAGCACUACUGCGUGCCUUGCUACGAGGAAAAGUUUGCACCACGGUGCACGCGCUGUAAAAAGGCUCUGGCUAAAGGUGGUGUGACUUAUCGGGAUGAGCCAUGGCAUAAGGAGUGUUUUGUGUGCACCAGCUGUAAGACACAGCUGGCGGGUCAACACUUCACCUCCAGAGACGACAGCCCUUACUGCCUGAAGUGCUUUGGCAGCCUGUACGCCAAGAAGUGCGAAGCCUGCAGCAAACCAAUCACAGGUUUUGGAGGAGGAAAGUACAUCUCAUUUGAAGAACGACAGUGGCAUCAGCCAUGUUUCACCUGCUCCCAGUGCUCCGUCUCACUUGUAGGAGCUGGCUUUUUCCCUGAAGGCGACCGAAUCCUGUGCCGUGACUGCCACAACAGCCUAUAAAGCAACCAUUUACCAGAUGCUAAAAUUCCUUUGACUCACUUUUUGCUAUAGCUUUUUUUUAAUAACCCCAGGUCAUUAACUAAGGAGGCUAAUGCAGGCUAACAAAUGAUGCCUCAGGUAAUUUUUCUAAAAAGAUAUCAGCUUCUCAGUGGUCCUUUCUGCACAAGAGUUUCAUAUUGGAGCUACAGUGUCCUGUUGAUGGUGCAUUAUUGCCAUGAAUCACUUUAAAUAUUUCCUCCUUAACUAGAAAGUUAAUAUUUCUUUUUAUGGAGUGCCUUAUUAACAACAUUAUCUAUAUGUUAUGUACUGUUAAAGCAAUGAAAAACAGAACUCUUGUCACUUUGCCAAAGAUUUCUUUCCUUUCUUUCUUUCAUAAAAAGUAAAUUCAGGUAAAAGUCAGGCUCUGAGGAGAAGACAAAGUACACUGAUACAGUAUCAUAUAUAAACCUUGCAGUUUUCAUUUUACAUGUAUGGUGGAAUUACUGUUUAAAUGCUCUUAUAACUGCAGUUUUAUGCAUUUUGAAUGUUGCUUUUCUUCAGAUUUAUCUUUCUAUAAUUUGACUUACUUAAUGCAUCUUUGAGAACUUACUGUAUAUAAUGGUAUAGAAGGAGAUGUGACAGUUUUGUAAAAAGUGGCUAAAUUAGACCAAUUUUCAUAAAUUAUAAUGUUAAAGUCAAAGUUAGAAGAAAAUAAGUCUUACUGAUGUUAGGUUCUGGUCGUACUAUUCAUUUGCACUUUUGGGAAAUUGUUCUUAUCAUACCAUGUAAUGUGCACAUAAAAACACAAUUCAAAGACAUGGCACAAGACAUAGACCACUUUUUUUGUAUCUGCCUAUGUUGAAUUUUGCAAUGACACUUAUUUGACUUAAGUUUAAUCUUUUUCCUCUUUUUUUCAGUUGUCAUAAUGUAUCUCUUCAUCAUCAAUGUGCAAAAAAGUCAGUGUUUAUUACCCAAAAGAAGCUGAAAAAUGCAUAAAUAUUGUGCAUUGCAAAAAUAUGCAUGUCUUUAUCUGUCAUGAUUUGCCUUAGUAAUUAUUUUAUUGCUGUUAAUGCUGUUAGUGUUUCAUCUUUUAUAAGUUUGAAUCAUGUAUGUGAAAAAAUUUAUUAAAAUAACUAUAAUUUGAUUAUUUCAGCUUUGAUGCUGGUAAGUCAGAGUUGGCAAAUUUAUCUUUUUAAGAUGGAAAACAGGCCAUCCAGAUGAUGAUCAUAUGAACUUACUGUAAAUCAGUUGAUGACUGACGUGUCUGAAUUUUUACUUAUGUUUUUGACACUUUAUUAAACCAAUUGUCACUGA